GAGGAAAGGCCGUUCCAUACAUAUGAACUUUACUUCAAUCAAAUUGUAAAGCGUAGCAACGAUUUGUCCAUUACCAAACGAAGAUGCUCUCUUUUGAUAUGUGGCAGUAAUACGAAAGGGGCGAUGUGAAAAUUUUGUUUUUAUCUGGAAAAGUAAUUUUCAAUUCGGUGCAUAGAGAUAGACAGUAGACACCUGUAAUGUUGAUAGAGAAAAUAUACUAAAGACGAGAUAAUACCCGAUUGUUUAUUGUAAGAUGGUUUCAUAUUAUAAUGGAGAAACUAGCUGCAUGUGUACGGUUCUUCGCGCAAGGUGUCCGCAAUGGUGCAUCGGUUUGAUAAUGGUAAAAAAUAAUGUUUACCUGAAUGAUGUAUAAUCCCGCACCCAUGUAUAUCUGUAAUACAGUGAAUAGAAUGGGAAAACAAAACGGAUCUUGUUGGUGGUUUGUGAAAGCCGUGAAAUGGAUACCAGUUAUUUUCAUCUUGACGGUAGUAAUGUGGUCGUAUUAUGCUUAUGUGGUGCAGUUAUGUUUUUAUACUGUAGAUAAUUAUGUCCAAAAAGCAUUUUAUUUGUUCAUUUAUCAUAUCCUCUUUCUACUAUUUUUAUGGUCCUAUUGGCAGACCAUAUUUACAGAUUUAAUCGAAAUACCCGACAAGUUCAAAAUACCAGAUGUAGAAAUGGGAAAAGUUCAACAAGCAGAGACGGAAGAAGCACAGAGACAAAUUUUAGAAAGAUUUGCACAAGAUCUUCCAGUUACUAAUCGUACUAUGAAAGGAGUAAUACGUUUUUGUGAAAAAUGUCAGUUAAUUAAGCCAGAUAGAGCACACCAUUGUAGUGUGUGUAAUACAUGUAUUUUGAAAAUGGAUCAUCAUUGUCCAUGGGUGAACAACUGUGUAGGUUUUCACAAUUACAAAUUCUUCAUGUUGUUUAUGGCAUAUGCACUUCUUUAUUGUAUAUUCAUUACUGUUACAUCUUUACAGUACUUUAUACGUUUUUGGAAAGGGGAAUUGGAUGGAGUGGGUAGAUUUCAUCUACUGUUCUUAUUCUUUGUCGCACUGAUAUUUGCAAUUAGUUUAAAUUCCCUUUUCCUCUAUCAUUGCUACCUUGUUUUACACAAUAGAUCUACGUUAGAGGCCUUUACACCACCUAUGUUCAGCACAGGGAAGGAUAAAGAUGGUUUUAGCCUUGGAAAAUACAAUAAUUUCCAAGAAGUAUUUGGUGAUAAUCCUAAGCUAUGGUUCCUUCCUGUUUUCACUAGUCUUGGAAACGGUGUCACCUUUCCGGUACGUGCGCAACAUCAAGGCACACCCAAUACUUACGACUCCAUGGGCAGUACUCGAAACAGUUUUGGCGAUGGGGUAAACUUUCCUGAACGGCUGUGCAAUGAAGACACACAUACUCUGUUGGGACCUACUACCCAACAGUGGGGUGAUGAGACCGAGCUUGACUCUCCACCUCUCUAUGGGUCGCAAUCAGGUAUCGUGUAGUCUGUGAAUCCCUAAUUGAGGCGAUGCGGUAGACCUACAUGCAUUGCCCGAGAAUAGGUAGUACUUCUGGUACAAAACUCAUGUUAGCCAUAUGUACAUACUCUUUGUGCUAGAUGUACGAACAGAAUACAUAUUACUCGACUACAUGAGUGAUUCUACAUACUGAUACUACUACUACUACUAGCUCAUACUUUUGACCAUUUUUUUCUUACAAAUAGGUUGUAAUAGUUAUUGCUUUAUUAAAGAAGAGAUGGAGUAUUUAUUCUCUAAAAUACUUCUAAUAAAUAGGAAUAAAAACUGGGAGUACUUUAAACCUGUAUUUAAUGUAAACUCUUUAUUUGUAUGACAUCAUUUUUAAAAUAGUAAUUGACUAAGAAUGUUAUGGCAUCAAAUGAAUCGUUCUAAGAGUACGAUUUAAUAAAGAGUUUACCAUGAAAUUGUAUUUGAUGUACGUAAAAAACAUUUAAUUGCUAAUUUAAUGUAAUAAUAAUAGUCGAUACAUGACGAUUAUGCUUAAAAGUAACGAUAAAAGGAAUACGUAGUGAACGAUGCAUUUUUUUAUAAUGAUUAGUACAUAAAUGUACAAUUUGUACAAUAAAAUAUUUAGAGAAUUAUGCUUAAAAGAUGAAUGAAGAUUGUAUAAAUUGUAUAUUAAUUUUAUGUUAUCACAUUUGUUAUUUAUGCAUUUACUGAUUUAUAGAAUAUGUGUGAUAUUCUUCUUAUGAUAUAAAUAUAUGUAAAUUUCAUUGUCUAUAUUACUAAUUACAGAACACUGUAAUAAAGAACAAAGAAAAAUAAAUUGAUAAAAUCAGAGCAUCUCAUGUAUUUAUAAUGUACGAAAUACUGGAACUUCAAUUCUUUUUUUAUUGAGAAUUAUUUCCGUAGUCGCAUGCAUGUCCAACUACAAACAAUUCACUUACAAGAACUUAUUAUAAGUAGUUGUAUAAUUCGUUAUAAAAACUCAACAGGCUGUAGUUGCAUGAAUGGUUCCUUUUUUUUAUUAACUAUCCUUCUAUUGUAUUUCGUGAUGAUAAUGUAUUUUUAAUAACUUAAUAACAUUAAUCCAGAGAGAAGCAUGCUAUUUACACUUUGAAAUAAGUCUAUCACUUUCUUCAUACGGCAAGCAUAAUAAUUAAAUUAUUUCAUUCAUUACAGUUUUGUACUUAACGCCAGUGUGUCUAUAUAUCACUAUAUAUUCAACUAAUUCAGUAAUUAGGUUGAGUUUUUGGCUACAGGUCCACCAUUGAUCAAAUGACAUUGGUACAAGAAGCUACAAUUUUGGCACUUGGCACUGGGUAAUGUUAAGUGGCUGUUUAAAAGUGUGUCUGACUCUGUUCAAACUUUCAUGAUUGAGAUCUAUCACCUCGCAUAAAAUAACUACAAGCCCUUUACAGUUCCAUUAUGAAAUCAGAAAUAUAUUCAUUUUGUACAUGAUCUGUAUUUAACUUAUCAUACUGUUAUUAAUACUUGCAAUUUUUAUCAUGAAUCACAUGUUUCAUAUGUCAUCAUUCUCUGCAUCAAUUUUUAAUGUAUCAAAACACGUAUAUCAAAGGUAAUUGCAUACUUACAUGCUGAAUCCUGUAUAGCAUAAUUAAAUUUUGUAUUACUGCAUGUCUAAAGCCUCUUUUUAUUUAUAAACUCUAACAUUGAAUGCUUUUUCAUGCAGGCAAAAUACGCAAUGUAAUGUAAUGGCUUUUUGUGAAAUCAUGCAGCAUAACUAUUUGCGUUCAUCGAUACUAAAUCUUGUCAAUGUUCAUCCAAAUAAAUUUUCGCAUAUUUCUUAUAAUGUAUUAGUACUUAAUAUUACAAUUUUG